AUGGACGCAAUCAACCCUCAACCGCUCGCGGACCAGGCUGCGCCGCGCGGACCAGCUGCAGCGACCCCAUCUGGAUCCAGCACCGCCGCGGCAGCCACCACCGAAGGCGCCGUGGUCGCCGCGCCUCCCGUUGCUGCAGCUGCCGGAAAGCGGAAGCGGUUGGGGCAGCACGUCAUCCCCGCGCCUCCCGCUGGCCCGGCGCUCCCCACUGCAGUUGCCCCUGCCGUCCCUGCCAAGCGGGUGAAGCGGCCUAGCAGCAAGUUGGCGGUCGUGGCGUCGGCACCAAAGAAGGCGGCUCCAAAGAAGGUUGCGAAGAAACCACCCAUGGCAAAGAUGGCACCGCUGACUGCCUUGACAACGGCGUUGGUGCCUACAACGAUGGAGCCGGCUGAUGCGCGCAAGGUGGUCGAUGAAAGUCCCGCGGUUGAUGACGCGCCGGAGUCCUACGUUGACAUGAUCAACGAUGCUGUCGUGGACAUCGACUCGCCGCCGCUAGCGGAUUACGAUGACUACAGCAACGGGUUGGAGGAGGGGCUCGAAGGCGAGGAGUUUGAGGAAGAAGACGCUAGCAGCGAGGGAUAA